UAGGGAGAGACACCUAACCAACCAAUAAAAACUAACCAUUUUAGAAUUCUUAUUAUACUAAAUACUCACACCACUCACCAAUAUAUAUAAACCCCAAUUUAACCUACUCAAAAGGACCAAGUAAAGCCUUUCCAAAGUUCCAAACUUUAUUUAUUUCUCUUUUCUUCUUAGGCUCACCCAAAUGGACUGGAGCAGGGGACACGUCAUCGGCCGAGGUUCUUCGGCCACAGUCUCCGUCGCUACCUCUGCCCGGUCCGGUCAAGUGUUCGCCGUCAAGUCCGCCGAGUUGUCCCGGUCUAAAGCUUUGCAACAAGAACAGAGCCUUCUUUCUUCUAUUACUAGUCCUCAUGUUGUGAGCUACAUUGGUCAAGACAUUACAACAGAAAACGACAAACCCAUAUACAAUCUCUUCCUCGAGUACGUGCCCGGUGGGUCUCUAACCGACGUCGUUUCUAGCCGCGACGGGAGACUCGACGAAUUGUUGAUCGGACAUUACACGCGGGAAAUCGUUCGAGGGUUAGAGUAUCUUCAUUCUGUUGAGAUAGUGCAUUGUGACAUUAAGGGUCGGAACAUCUUGAUCGGCGAAAAGGGUCCAAAAAUAGCCGAUUUUGGCUGCGCUAGAAGGGUUAACUCCGCCGGACCGAUAGCCGGAACGCCAAUGUUUAUGGCACCGGAGGCGGCGCGUGGUGAGCACCAAGGACUCCCUAGUGAUAUUUGGUCUCUGGGUUGCACUAUUAUCGAGAUGGCAAGCGGAGGCUCGCCGUGGCCUGAUAGCAGUGACCCAAUUGCGAUUCUUUAUAGGAUUGCUUAUUCCGGUGAGUCGCCGGAGAUUCCGAGUUUUCUUUCGGACGAAGCAAGGGAUUUCUUGGGGAAGUGUUUAAGAAGGAAUCCAGAUGAGAGGUGGACGGCGAGUCAGCUUUUAAAGCAUCCAUUCAUUGGAGAGUUGAAGCAAAACAACGAAUCGAAUAAUUCAAAAUCUAUCUCUCCUACUAGUAUUCUCGAUCACGAAAUAUGGAAUUCAUUAGAAGAUGAAUUGGAGAGUUUUAGCAAUUUCGGUAGUGUAUCAAACGGUCGAGAUUCGCCGGUUGAUAGGAUCAGACGGCUGUCAUCGUCUCCACCGCUAACAGAGGAUUAUACUACAUUGAGUUUGGAACAGAAUUGGGUCACGGUUAGAAGUAGUAGUAAUGAUGAAGACGAAGAAGUUGAUACGGUUGGUGAGUCAGGGGAAACAGUCUCAGCUUCUUCAUUCAGUAGUUGUGACUGUUCAAGUUUAUUAUUAGAUAUAAAUUUUAGUGGUAAAAACAGGGCAGACAUUCUUGAGGUUUCUCCUAGAGAGAAGACAAAUGUUGUUUUCAAUUUGAAUAAUCUCAUUCUUGAGAAGGAGAGACAAAAGUUCUUACUUCCUCUUAGUUCAACAUUUUUGAAAUUAUAGAAAUUAUAGAAAGAUCUUUUUUUUACUGUUCUUCACUGAUGAGAUUUUUCAAAAUUAUAUUUCUGAAAUAGUUUCUGUGAGUUUAUGUUAAACAUAGUAAUUAAUAUGUUGGCACAGUUUAUUUUUGAACAACUCCCUUUCAAAAUAUUCAUCAUUAAUAAAGAACCCCCAAAAA